CCUUAUAACGCUAUAACUGUAAAUAAUAAAAAAUAUUUUUACGUAAUGUUCGUCAUAAUUUAUACUAGCCAGUGUGUAUAUUAUGUAUAUGAAAAAAAAUUAUAAAAUAAAGUCCAUACUGUUUGAAGAUGAUGUAAAUUUUGAAACUACUCUAUCCAGGUCUACUGGUGUGUCAUUAUGGAUUGAUAGAAGAACCAAUUCUGUGAGUCGGUUUUCACUGGUACCUAGUCGAUCUCAUAAACGUCGUUAUGCUGUUCAGUGGCGUGCUUAGCUUUUUCCUACGAGAAGGGGGGGGGAAAUGCAUUUUGUUUUGUUGAUAGUCAUACACAAAUUUACAAAAUGUACUUAUUGUUGUAUACAUUUGAUAUUUUAGGAGUGGGUAGUUGGGUACAAAUUACAAUGUUAUUAUACAUGUAUAUACAUUGUAUACAUAGGUAUUGGAUACCCAUUUCAGAUUCUGAGUGGAACCAGGAAUGUAUUGGUUUCACAAAGAUGUUUAUUUAUUUUAAAUUUUAUUUUUAUGUGAACACUUUUUCUACCAGAAAGCAUACUUCGAUUAUAUCAAGUGUAGUACUUAUUCUAAAUGGAAAUGUUCUCUGGGUGGUACUGAAUAAAGAUCAAUUUUUGAAAUUUUUAUUAAUAUAUUCGGGAUAAUGAGGAAAACCUCGGUCUUUAGGUUAAAAAAGAUCGAAAGAUUAAAAAUAUGGUUGUCAUUGAUAACCGUUUUUAUUUAUUUUUUGGUAUUAUUUUAAUCUUCGUUAAACAACCAUUAUUGUAAUCAUUUCACCAUAAUAUGACAUAUACCAUAUAUUGUAUAGUUGACAGAGCAACACUAUCAACUGAACUCCGCUCAGAAUCGUUUUUUCGUUGGCAAUGGUUUAUCGUUGCUUACAGGUGUACAUUAAAUUCCCGUCUGUAUCUUAUCAUCCCAACUUCCCACCUACAACAGUCGCUGCACCCGCGUGCGAAGUAUGUCCGUUCUUUUUUUAAUAUUAAUAUUUUAAAUCUAUUUUUUCAUUUAAAGGAAACUUAAAUGUUGGCAAUGGUAACCAAACGUUUUUGAGUGCCUAAACAGUAAAAGACAAAAGUUAUGUACACUAGGUUGUAAGAACUGAUUUUUUUUUUUUUUUUUUAUUUGAAACAAGUCUAAACUUGCAGUAAAUUUAUCAAAAAAAUUGUUUGGAUUUUUUGCCGAUAACGAAAAAAAAAAAAAUAUAAUAUACAUAUAGGUAUAUUGUAUAAUUUUUCCACAACCGUAGCUAAAGACAAAACCUCGGACAAAAGCUCAGAGUUUGUACACACACGUACCGUGUCGUAACAUUAUGUUUGUGGUGCACUGCUGCAUUUAUUCAAUGUUUUUGGAACUCGCGUUGGGAUACGAAUACGAGCUGAUCGCUGACCAACGAGCGCAUUUCACGUAGGCAGGUAAACAAACGUACGUUGUUAUCGGUGUUGUGUGUGUGUGUUUGUGUGACGUGGUUUUUGACAUCGCGUGUAGUCGCGAGGCGAAAACAAACAACAACUGCGUUGUUCUCGUUUUGUUUGCUCUUUUCUCGGUCGAACGCCAAACACCAUUCGCUCGUCUCCGCUACACAAAAACUGUCUGUAAUGCGUAUUCUGUUCUACGGGCAUUGAUAUUAUGUACAUGUAGGUACACGGUUCUCUGCAAGCGGUCCGCGUCGUUCGUUAUCACGUCUGGACGUCCAACGGAUCCGUUCCGCUAUCAGUAAUUUGUUUUCGCCGUUCGUAUUUCCAAUUGGUAACUUCUGAACGCACGGCAAUUAUUUACACAAGUCACGAACUCGGAACACGGUCCCCGGAACACCGGCAUGACAACGGCGGUAACAUUUUUUUAAAUAAUUUUUACGAGCUCUGACAAUCUCGCCAUUAUCACCGCGGCUGUUAUUUCGACACCGCCGACACUGGUGCCUAUCGAUAAAACAUCUCCAGGCUCCUGUAGAUCGCCGCCGUCUACAAUGAUGUCCAAAAAGUUUUUCAAGUACGUCGCCUGGACGCUAUUGUUCGUGUUCGUUCUUCUCGCGCUGCCCAAACUGUGUACUGGCCACGGUCAUCAUGACCACGACCAUCAUCACCACGACCAUCAUCAUGACCACCACAGCCACAGCCACACGCACGACUCGCCGAAAACGGUGCCUUUCGAUUCGAUGAUAUGGAUCAAAGCGUUGUCCUCUACUGUAGCAAUUAGCGUGCUGCCGUUUCUGGUGCUCUUCUUCAUACCCAUUAACAGCAAAGACCAGCACCAACAGUUCCUCAAGGUACUCUUGAGCUUCGCUUCCGGCGGACUGCUGGGCGACGCUUUUUUGCACCUGAUCCCUCACGCGUUGGCCCCACAUGACCAUCACGAGCACGAUCACGAUCACGGACACGACCAUCAGUGCAGUGUCCAUCCGCAUUCAACGGAAAGCCAUAGUCAUGACCAUGACCACGAGACCAGAGUGGGAUUAUGGAUCCUGGCCGGUAUACUAAUGUUCUUGUUUAUCGAAAAAAUGGUUAGAGUCAUUAGAGAUGGCCACAGUCAUUCGCAUUCGGCUGCAACGACUUCGAAAGAAAAGUUAAGCGAUGACGAGGACGAUGCUGAUAACAGUACAAACGUUAGUUGUCCAAGUAAGUUUGACACCUAUUUGGUUAAGUAUUACUAUUAACAUGUUUGCCAAAUCAAGUUUCUGGGUAUUUUAUGUUUAUACAUAUAUUUCUUUUUUUUAAAUGUUUCUUAACAUUUACAUUGUAGGUAUUUAAUUUGACUAAUUCACAUAGAUUUAAAUUUUUAAGUAAUAAUUGUGAUAAUUUUUAGAAUCCAAACCUCAACUAUCAGUAGCUGGAUGGUUAAACAUUGUUGCCGAUUUCACCCACAACUUCACUGAUGGAUUGGCUAUUGGAGCCGCAUAUUUGGCUGGUCAAAACAUUGGUCUAGUCACAACAGUAACAGUAUUACUUCACGAAGUACCCCAUGAGAUUGGAGACUAUGCAAUUUUAAUCAAAGAAGGCAGUACUAAGGCAUAUGUAAGUAUUAAGUGCCUAAUCUAUAAAUUGUAUAAAUCCCAAAAACAAACUCUUUAUUUAUAUUUAGUAUUAAAUACAAUAUUUAUACAAUAUUGACGAAAGUUAUUUUAACGUAAAUAUUAAAUUAACAUUUUCAGUAUCUUAUUGCUGAAAAUGUUUUAAAGAUUAAAAUCAUUUUUUUCAAUGUUAAUCUAUUAUUGUUAAAAUUUGAGUAAAAUAUUUACUAGUAGAUGAAUGUAUAAUACAUAACAGUGUUAUCGAAAGUAAUAAUUAAAUAAACAAAUAUUUAAACAAGAUACAUCUGAUUGAAUAUGUGUACGAUUUCCAAAGUAUUUAUUAUUUUGUAAUAAAUUGCAUAUUUUUCAAUUAAGUAUUAUAAUAAUGAUUAAACAUUAAAUGUAUUUAAUGUAAUUUUAAAUUAAUGUUAUCAAUCAAUUUAAAUUAUUAAAAAGAAAAUUAUAUAUUAUUUCUGUUUUUUUUUUUUUUUUUUAUUUAUUUCUAUUAUUUCUAUUAAAUGAAAAAUUUGUCUAAAUAGGUUAUCCAUAACGAAAUACCAUUUUCUAUAGAUAAACUGUUGACUGUAAAAUCGUAUAAUAAUGAUAAUAAUAUUUAUCUUUGUAUUACUUAUGUUUUAAAUAAUUGCGAUUACAUUGUUGACAUACUUACUUAAAGAAAAAGAGAUAAUAUUUAUUAUCUAAUUAUUUAGUUAAUUCUAUUGUGGAGUAGUGAUUAUUAAGCUAAAUUGUUUACAUUUACAGGCUAUGAAAUGUCAGUUAUUAACUGCGUUUGGAGCUGUUUGCGGUACAUUGGUGUCAUUGACUUUUGGGAAAGAUAGUAAGUUCAAUGAAUCAUAACUUAUCACAUUUAUUUUAUCUUUAAGACGAUUCUAGUAUAAAAUGUAUUGUCUGUCUGUUGCAAAUGUGUGCAUUAUGCUAAUAUGUUUAUCACUUAUCCUGUUUCAUGGAUGUUUAAUUAAAGAUUAUAUUAAUUGUUCAAUUACAUAAUAUUAUCUAUUCUAUUGUUUAAUAUUUUAAUUUCCAAAUGCACUUACAAAUUAUCCAAAGCUUGGUAAUUUAAAUACUCAUAUAUAAUAAAAAAAAAUUCUUAUCUACUACAAAUAAAAUAAAUAAUAUUUUUAAUUUAUAAAACUAAAAAGUUUUUAAGUGCAGUUAAAAAUAUUCAAAUAAAACUUAAAUUAAUUUUUGACUUAAUGUUAUCUGAAAUGAACUAGUAAUAAUGGAGAUACUGAUUUUGAAUUUCAAAUAAAUACUAAAUAUUUACAAUUUUUAAAAGAUUUCAGUAACCAAAAUAUAUUUAUAUUAUACUGGGUAUCUUACCAUGUUGGACGGAUUUUUUGGAGCUGUUAAUAUUCAAUUUUUUUUAAAAUAUUUCCGCUUUUCUUUUAGGGGGAAAUUUAUUUAGAGAAAAGUUAAAUUUUUAUUUUCAUCUCUUAAUUUCUAAAAAAUAAACUUAUUAAUUCACUUUACAAAAUGUUGUAAAAUACAUUAGGUAUUCUGAAAAUUUGAAUGUAUCAUGCAUUUAUAUUUGACGAAUUGUUUCUUAGUAACAGCAGUUUUAAUUUCUUCACGAAUGAACAAUGAGAAAAUAAAUAAUACCCUGUAUUACUAGAUUAAUUGUAUGAUAGAUUAAAACGUUUAGAAUAAUAUUUUUCAUUAAAUGGCUUUUUUAAAAAUCUUAUUAAAUUAAUAAAUUAAGUUAUUUUUCUUAGUGAUAUACAAUUAGUUCUUAGUUCAUACAAUGGGUGGGUUUUAGGUCACUGUUGUUGGUGAACAGUUAGGAAAGUAAAAGGGAAAUUAAAUGUAUAUCUGUACUUAACGAUUAAUUAUUGCUUACAAAAAAUGAUUUUGAACAGAGUUUGGUUAUAGAUGUUUUGAAAGGCCAUAAUAUUUAUGAUUUGAAAAUAAUACAUUUGGUAAAUUUUCCUGGUUUUCCCCAUUUAUUAUUAAAACUCCUCGAAAAAUUUAAUUAUGAUCUUAGAGGAUCACCUUAGUCAGAUUUCCUUAAAAUAAAUUGCUACACUUGCAAAUCAGAGCAAUAUUUCUGGUUGAAAAAUGGUUCACUAUUUAAAAAAAUAAACAUCAUUGAAAAAUCAAGAGAUUCCUCCUAACUCCGAUCAGAAUCUCAAAAUUAGAACAAAUUAAAUAUUCUAACAGCUUAAGAACAAUUUGUCGAGAAGAACAAUGUGAGACACCUAUACAUUUUACUGGAAACUUGUCAUAUUAAAAAUUGCAUUUUUGUAGCUUAAAAAAUGAUUAGAUAAUUUUAAUGUCAACAUAUCUAGAGUACUUUUUAAUCAGUAUUAAAAGUAUUUCAAAAACAAAAUAUAUUAUAAACCAAUUGAUCCUUUACUCUUGUUAAAAAUGAUUAAAUAAAUUUAGUAUUUUAUUAUAGAAUUGAGUUUUAUAAAAUUAAAUUCCAAUAUAUCUCUAGUAAAAGUUCUAGUUUUAAAUGGAUUUAUCAGGAAAAAGUAAUAAAUGCAUAAUAACUUAUAAAUAGUAUACUUAAAAAAAAGAGAAUUUUGUUUUGUAUAAAAAAUAUUAACCCCAUCUUCGCAACUUUUGGCCUUAAAUACCAGACACUACAGAUUUAUAAUUGGGAUAUUUAGUUAAAAUGUUUAAUUUUAUUAAUGUAUAUAAUCUAUAGUUUUUAUUUUAUUAAUGUUUUUUCUUUUAGGUGAAGCUGCUAAUUCAUGGGUAUUGCCAUUCACAGCUGGUGGUUUCAUUUACAUAGCUACAGUUAAUGUGAUUCCAAGUCUUCUAGAACAUACUAGUUUUAAACAAUCAAUCAAAGAAAUUGUAGCUCUACUUGUUGGGGUUUAUUUAAUGGUUCUUGUUGCUUAUUAUGAAUGAACAUUAUAAUGUUUAUGUCCUUUACAAAAUAACAAAUUAUCCACAAGUGGAUACAUAAUAUAAUUGUUUAUAAUAAUUGAUGAAAUUACCGCAAAUUCCUUUCUUAUAUUGUUAUACAUUUAAUUUUGUUUAAAAUAACUCAAAAAAAUAUAACAAAAACCAUUACUUUAAAAUAUUAAAAGUUAUUUUACAAUAAAUUUAUGUUUAGUAUUAUAAUCAUGAACUGAUUUGUGAUAUAUAUAUUUUUUUUAUAUAUUAUAUAUAAAUAUUCCAUUGUUGUUGAUAUCAAAAUAAUGAUAAAAGCAAUCAAUUUAUACAAUUAUUUUCAAUGGAUAUAACAUCCUUUUAAAUUAAAAUCCGUUGUUUAAUAUUGUUGUCAGGAAAUUAACCAAUAUUAUCUGAUUAUCUGAUUAUAAAUCAAUGUAAAAACAUAUGUAUUUUUAUUUUUAUUCUGUACGCACACAUUUUAUGUAUUACAAUUUAUCAGUGGUGUUGUGAAAUUUUGAAAAAAAAAUAUAUGUAAUAUGUAUACUUUGCAACACUACUGAAGCCAUUUUUUUUAAACAAUUAUAUGAAGCUUUAAUUUUAUGAUUAUAAGCUAGUUUGUUCUAUAUGCCUUGUUAAAUAUUAUUUAAAUAUUUUAUUUUUAUUACUGAAAUAUCAAUGUAUUAUUUAAAUUAUUAAUUUAAUUUUGUACCUUUAUGAAUUUAUGGUUAUAACUGGGAUGUCAAGAUGAAAUGUCAAUAAAGCUAUGUAAGUUACAGUUUUAUUUUUCAAAUAAAAGUGA